AUGUGGAGCGUCCGUCUGAGAGGACCUCAAGGGAAGCAGGUGGUGCUGCAGAUCGACCCAGAGGCUCCUUUCAAGACGUUCGUGGAUCUCGCUGCCAGUACUUUGGGGCUAAACGCUACGGAUGAGCUGACGUUCCGAAGGGGAUUUCCGCCUCGGGUGCUCGAAGUGGACGGCUCAGCGCUCGUGAAGACCGUUGUUGGGAACAACGACACGAUUGUCGUGGGCACGAAGUGCAGUGCUGUGGCCACUUGUGCACCAGCAGCAAAACGAAUUUUGACGACAAAGAAGCGUGUAUCUACAAGGAAGAAGGCUGCCGAGAAAGCACCGAUUAGUGGCGUACGAACGCUGCAACGGUCGGUUGGUAGAACGAAAAAGACGCCGCCGAGACGAACAAUUGCAGGUGCUGGGCACCAACUUGGCACUUUGUUGGACGACGCAUCACCUCCAACUUCUGAGAACGCACGGGAUGAGAAACGUGAAGAUGAACGGCAACGGACAUACCGACGCAGUCGUGCGAUCAACCUCACUUCGAAAGAGGACGUGGAAAGUAGUCUUGUCAAUGCUGUGAGUGGCCAGUCCAACGAUCGGACAGCAAAGUUCUUCCGUGCAGCGACGAAGAAUGCAGUUGAGCAUCAGUAUGAAAUGACACUAGCUACUGCGAGGCUGAAUGCAGCAUUGGGCCACAAUUUUGAAAUCGAAGAGCUAUCGACGAGUCGACGCGUCGACGGCAGCGCCGCUACAUUGCGUGUGCGAUUCAAGGAGACGGCACGCAAGUGGAAGGAGGAGAUUGUAGAACUGCUCAAGAACGACGAGCUACAAGCCAUUGUGAAAUAUGUUCUACUAUCAGGUGGCGAGACUGGGCGUGAGAUGCUGAAGCCGUUCAACAUGGCUCAAGUAUCCACGCGGGUGUUCUGGAACAUUGCGCGUUUAUAUGACGGAGACGUGGCAGUUGGGCUAGCUGACCUUGUGCCAGAUGAAGACUGGUCGUUCAUCGAUAUCCGUACACGGCUAUUGUCUGAGAAGGCUCUGGAAGCAAAGGCAAACGAAGAGUACUAUACUUCGUGGAAACAAAGCCAUGUUCGAGAAGGUGGGUCGGCUUCUCAGAAGGCAGCGCCAAAACAGGGGACAAAACGAAGCAGGCCUGGUCAAGCUGAAGCAGGAAAGUCAAAGGCGGGUAAAGAAGACUCCGACGUUGACAAAGAGACCAAGCAAGACGCUGCGGAAACAAAGUGUGCUCAGCCACCCCCGGCUCUCUCGGUGAAGCAAGCAACUCCUAACACGCUGCGGGGUGCAGCGGCACAAGCAGCGCUAUCUCGAUAUGACCGAAGCUUGCGGGCAAGUGCUACAAUAGCUGCCUUCCUUCAGGAGGUCAGUCCCGCUGAACAACGCUUGAGGAAACAAGUUGUGUUUGACAACGGAAGUGAAGAGGUGGCUGAGGACGACGUGGAAGACGCUGUCACCAUCUACUGCGACAUUUGCAGCAAAGCACGUGUUCUUUCUCUCGACGAGGCAGCUAAGAUCGAGCUCGAGGUCGAUCCUUGGAUCUGCGCCAAUUUGGUGGACAUUGGGCGUCGUGGCGGGUGCGACGAAGUCGAUGAUGAAGUGGCUCAAAUCACAGGCGCUUCCAUUGCAACGUUGCUGCAAAAAGCAGCUAUCACUACUCGGCGAGAAUUAGCGGACGCUUGUGUGGAUUCCGCAAUGCAUGCUCUUGUGAACCCAUCGGACCCGUCAGCUGAGACAGUGCGGAAAAGGAUCGAGAAGCUGAUCGAUGAGGCGCGUCUUGAUGAGAUCAACGACUGGAUGGUGGAACUUGUCGGCGAAACUGAUUUGGUGCAGUGGCUGGAGACUCAAAAGCUCGGCACGCCUGCCGAUCUCAUUGCGACACCGAGCGACUUGGUCUUGGAAGCUGUUGGCAACACACAUACAACCGUUGUGUCAAUCGAUAUAGUCAGCUCAUGGCAAACGCAGGCUCAGCAGUUGGUGAACAAGCACCCGUGGCUAGCAGACUGGCGGACGUUGUAA